AUGAGAGUUCAGACGAUUUUUGAUGCCUUGGAUGAAGGUUUUCCAAAAAUGGCAUUACAGAUGUGUACAAAAGUUUUGAAAAAAUCACCAGAAUCACAAAUAUAUCAAGCGUUAAGUGCUCUUUCUCUUUUACGGAUUGGAAAUUAUGAGAAGGCUUUAGAAAUAUCAGAAAAUUUAAGGAAAAAAUUGCCUAUAGAUCAGGAUGUUUUAAAUGUUUUGCAAAUUGUAUUUCAAGAGUUAAAUAUGGCAGAUAAUGCUAUUGAAAUGUUUGAAAAUGCUUUAAAAAAGAAGCCUAAUGAUGAAGAAUUUGUUAGAAAUUGGUUUUUUUCUAUGGUAAGAACUAAUAACAUUCGUGGACAGCAAAAGGCUGCAAUGAGCCUUCAGAAGAUAUUUGGGAAGAGGAAGUAUUAUUAUUGGGCAGUGAUGUCAUUAGAAUUAUUUAAAAUGAUAAAGAUGAGUGAAAGUGAAAAACAGUUUUUUCAGACACUUUCAUAUCGUUUGAUUCUUAAAACGACUGAAAAAAAUAAUGAAUUAUAUAGAUUAUCUUCUUCUGAAGAAUUACAUUUAUAUAUUAGAGUUUUAUUGUUUUGUAAUAAGUUGGAAGAUGCACUAGACGUUUUAGAAAAUGAUAUCUUUAAAUCUUUUAUAGAUGUUGAUCUUCAAAGGGUUAAAUUGGAUCUUCUUUUUGAAUUGAAAAAGUGGAAAGUUCUUUUUUCUCAAUGUUGUAAUUAUCUGGAUGAUGGAAAUAAUGAUUGGAAGAUUUUUGAUAUGCAGAUUAAUGCUGCAUUAAAUUUGGCGGGAUCUGAUUCUUCAUCUAGUGUACUUUUGGAUUUAGCAAAUUAUUAUAAGGAAAAGAAGCAAAAGUUUCCAUAUUUACGAAAUUUGGCUCUUGCUUCUUUAAAAUUAUCUUUUUUGAUCUCUGAUAAUGGCAUGACUGAUGAUAAACUGAACUCUUGUAUUCAAUAUUUUGAAAUAUUUAGUUUAAAAACUUCAUGUUUUGAAGACCUAAGGCCAUUUGUAGAAAAAUUAGAAAAAAAACAUCAGGAUCGAUUUUUAAUCCAUAUUUUUGAGUUUUGUAAGGCUAAAAUAUAUGAUAUGAAAAAAAAUUAUGUAGAGGUGUUGAAAAAUGUUAAGAAGUUCGAAUAUCUUAUUAAUUAUUGCGAAUUCAAGGAUGAAAAUGCAUGGGUUAUGUUUUCAUUGCAGUUAGCUAAAGAGUAUGGAAAUUCUUUAUUUUUGGAUGAUCAUUUAAAUGUCACUGAUAAACAAUAUGGAGAUGAUUUUUUGAUUUUAUCUGUGCAUGCUCUUAUUAAUACAUUUUUUAUUGGAAACGAUCAGAGUUAUCUUAUACAAGCGAUUUUGUUUCUAGAACUUGGACUUCUUCAUAGUAAAUAUAAUUUUCAGUUUAAAUUGUUGUUAGUUCGUUUAUAUUGUAUGAUAGGUGCUUUUUCUUUAGCACUUUUUACUUAUCAGUCUUUAUCAAUUAAACAAAUUCAAUAUGAUACAUUAAGCUAUAUUUUUAUGACGAAGUGUUCAAAUUAUUAUCCUUCAAAAUCUUUUCAGAAUGAAUUAAGGAUUGCAAAAUAUAUAUAUAUAUCUAAUAUUAAAGAAGUUCCUGAAAUGCUUGUUUUAGCCUAUGAAAAUGGUUCAUAUUCAAACAUUGAUAAUUUCAUUGAAUUUGCAACUAGACUUAAUAAUAGUAUAUGGAGAUAUAUGUUAAGAUAUGAAUUAUUACAUUUGUCUUAUUUAAUAGACAAUAAGAUUUCUGAUGAAAUUAUAGGAAAUAAUGGUUUUGCUCGAGAAGAAUAUUAUGACAAUAGGGAUUUUACUAUAAUGGUUGAUUUUGGUACUAUUAAAGAUAAAUCUAAACAAAUAAAAAACAGAAUAAUUUCAGCACCUGAUGAAAGUUGGCUUAAAAUACAAAAUUUUAAAAUGUCUUUUGUUAAUUUAUUGAUAUCUGGUACUAUUGAGGAUAUAAAAGUAAAAUCUAAGUCGGACGAAUGGCUAUUAGAUGGAUUAAAAUUUGAUACUUUAAGUGAAUUUGAAAUGCAGAUGAUGUUUCUUUUUAGGGUGUUUCUCUGUUUUUUGAUUCAAAUAGCUGAUCAAAAAGCAUAUGAUAUUGAAGAGAAUAGAUUAAAAGAAUGGAUUGAACGAAAUUUAGUUAUUUCAUUUGUAAAUGUUUCAAACUAUAAUGAUAAUAUAUUAGAACACUUUGUUUUUUUACUUGAGAGUUGUAAGAGUAUAUUAAUAUUUGGAAGUUUUAUCAAAAGAUCUUUUAAGACUUUGAGAAAAUUACAUACUGAAAUUAAAAAAAUUGAGGAAAUUGUCAGAAAUUUUCAUAAGGAUAUCAUUUUAUAUGUUUCCUCAUUGAAAGAUAAAAUAGUUAUUGUUGAUUUUACCAAAUUUGUUGUUUUAUUUGAGCCAAAUUUUCAAUUAUUUAAGAUUGAUAAACAUUUUAUUGAGAUGAUAUUAGAAAAGAUAAAUGAUAGCAGAAGAAAUAGUUUGGAUAAUCUGAAUAAUAUUAUAUUUAACAUGAAAAUCUAA